GCCAUAAAAGCUACUGAAGAACGAGAAGCAGCUCAGACGCUCCACAUCAUCCGCCCAGCAACAACAACAACCUCCCUGAGAUCACACUUUUUUUAGAUGGAGUCGAAGAUGAGUGACCCCUUCAGCAGUGAUUCCGAGGCGCUGCCCGCUGCGGGAAUCAUGGCAAGGCUGCUGCCUAAAGGUUUGUCCGGUACUGUGCUGAAGGACUGGAUGGACCGCCGGCGAAAGUCCAUCCGCCCCUGGGCCGGCUUCGUGGACCAGCGCAAGUUCUCUAAGCCGAAGAACUUCGGAGACCUGUGUCAGCGCGUGGUCAGAAACCUGGACACGUACCACAGCAACUACACCUUCAUCUUCCUGGGACUCAUCCUGUACUGCAUCAUCAGCUCCCCCAUGCUGCUCAUCGCCUUGGCUGUUUUCGCUGGUGCCUUUUACAUCAUCCACCUGAAGUCUCUGGAGUCCAAGCUGGUCGUUUUCGGGCGCGAGUUGACUCAGGGGCAUCAGUUGGGCCUGGCCGGUGCCGUCUCUCUGCCGGUGUUCUGGCUGGCCGGUGCUGGAGCAGCUGUCUUCUGGGUGCUGGGAGCGACGCUGGCUGUGAUUGGCACCCACGCUGCCUUCCGUGAGCUGGAGUCGUCAGACAUGGAGGAGCUGCUGAUGGAGCCUGUCUAACCUCUCAACCUCAUCUCGGCUUUUAACCUUUUUAUUUAUCCAAAAAAAGCGCCUGUCUUGCCUGAACAUUGUUACUGUCCUCUGAUUGGUUGCGCUUCACUUGAAUUGACUAAACAUCGACUCGCUCUCGGACUGACCGGCCGGUACGGAUACGGACUGUUAUUGUGGCGUAUAUGCACCGAUACCUAUACGCUGGCCAUCUGCUUCAUUUGAAAUUGGCUUUAAUUGGCAAACAAAUUAUGUUGCUCGUCAUGGAUGUAACACUAGCCGCUUCAAUUGCAGACAGACAGACAGACAGAGAUGCUCUGACUGACCAACUAAGCACAGUAGACCACAUAUGCCUUCGUUGUUUUCCGCCUGAAAUUCACCCAUGUCUGUUACUGAGAGGCUGCAUGUGAUCCAUUUGUAGUAAGCCAGCAAAGUUAGAUUGGCACAAAUUAUGGUGAAUAUGUGAAGAAUGCAUAUCUUCACAUCCAGUCAUGUCUUCACGUAGUAUUGGCUCCAGCCCUCUGCUUACAUCACCCAGUUCACUUCUAAAGCCUGUUGAAAUACGAUGUUUGAGGACUUUCUGACCUCAAAACAGGUUUGAUUACAGUUCUUUAGGGACGUAUUUGAUUCAGAAUCAUUUU